AUGGCCGCAAGAACAGUUGCCAAAGACAUAAUCACUCUUCGUGGUUCAGCAGCAAUCGUUAGCGAGUUUUUCGGAUAUGCUGCCAACAGCAUCCUUUACAACCGUGCAGUUUAUCCAGAAGAAAGCUUUGUGAAGGUGAAGAAAUAUGGCCUCCCCAUGUUGCUUACUGAAGAUGAAGGUGUCAAAUCUUUCAUAGCCAAUCUAACUGCUCAGCUCUCUGAAUGGCUUGAAUCUGGCAAGUUACAGAGGAUUGUCCUUGUUAUAAUGAGCAAGGCCACUAGUGAAGUCCUUGAAAGGUGGAACUUCAGCAUUGAGACCGACAGUGAAGUUGUUGAGAAAGGUGUGUCGAGGGAAAAGAGUGACAAGGAAAUCAUGAGAGAGAUACAAGCGAUUAUGAGGCAGAUUGCUUCGAGUAUCACCUAUUUGCCAUGCCUGGAUGAACCUUGUGUUUUUGAUGUGUUGGCAUAUACUGACAAAGAUGUGGCAGUUCCAUUCACUUGGAUUGAGAGUGAUCCAAAACUGAUUGCAAAUCCGCAAAUGGUGAAAUUGCAUUCCUUCGAUACCAAGAUUCACAAGGUUGACACACUUGUUUCAUACAAGAAUGACGAAUGGGAUGAGUAAUAGAACCCGUCUAUGUCUUUCUCUUGUUUUAUUCAGCUUCUGUGU